AUGCCACGUAAUGAGCGCAUUUUACGAAUGCUACUGCUACGUGUUCAAAAGCAAAUGACCGAGACCAACGACAAUACGCCUGCUAGUGGAACAGCGAGCAGGACUGGUGAGAGGGGUGAUACGGAUGAAGCAUCGAGAACAACCGAAUUCGCAUUGCAGUUUGCCUCUGCGUUCAUCAAUGGACCUAUUUUGUCGAAGUUAGCCAAGAGUGGACACUCAAGUGUUUACUGUGCAAUGUCGGGAUUGUUCGGCAGACCGGUAGCGGUUAAAGUAAUCAAUGUGAAUGCGCUGGAUGGAUCAAUCGCUAGCAAGUUCCUACCACGUGAACUGUACUUCACGCAAAUUGUACAUCAUCCCCACAUUGGAAGGGUACAUUUUUCCAGUCAGUUAUCGAAACGAAAACGCAGAAAUUUUACUAAGAACACAUCAUUUCAAUCAUAA